UUCAGCUCCCAACGCCCUCCCUGGGGUGACCCGAAAUGUGGCAGAGUCCUGUGCGGUUUCGCUAGCCUCCCCCGGCUGGGUGCCGGCACCGCCGGAAAGCCCAGACUCUCCCCUUUCCUUUGCCCCCGGUCCCGAGUCCCUGUGACCCCCCUGUCGGGAGCUGUAGGGCGCUGAGUGAGGGGUCUCUCCCGCGCCCUGGCUGCAGGAGCGGAGUGCGCUCGGUGGAAGGAGCAGCAGCCAGUCCCCAGCAGCCGCUGGAGAGAGCGGCGAGACCAGGCUGCCGGGGGGGGAGAUGAGCCGUCCCGAGCGGGCGGAGGAGGCUGCAGGCGGCACGGAGCAGGGGAUGACAGUGAAGCUGAAGAGUGGGGAGGAAAGGCUCGGGAAGCCGAGCAAGAGGGCACCAGAGUCUGAGCUGCUGCUGCUGGAAGAGGAGGAAGAGGUACCAGGAGAGGUGGAAGAGCCAGGACAAAAAGGGGGUGACCCCCUCAUCCCCGACACCCCUGACCAAGAGCCCCAGCAGGACCUGACCCCCAGCCAGCCGUCCAGAGCCCAGCAGGACCAGCACCACUUUCUGAGGUCCAGCGUCCGGCCGCACAGCAAGAGGCAGAGGAAGGAUUCCUGUGGCAAUGGAAGAGGCACCAGCGCUAAAAGCAAAGCGCUGGACAAUGCCACCCCGACCUCGCCAAGCUGCUCCACAGGAUUGGCACCCAGUACUGCAAAAGCACCUGGCCGCAACGUAGCUCCCUCUGCUGGAGAGAAGGAUGAGGGCAGUAAGAAGAAGGUGCGGAGGCAAUGGGAAUCCUGGAGCACAGAAGACAAAAAUACCUUCUUUGAGGCGCUCUAUGAACAUGGGAAGGAUUUUGAAGCCAUUCAAAACAACAUUGCCCUCAAGUAUAAGAAGAAAGCGAAACCGGCCAGCAUGGUGAAGAAUAAGGAGCAGGUUCGGCACUUCUACUACAGAACCUGGCACAAGAUCUCCAAGUACAUUGACUUCAACAAUGUUUUUUCUUGCGGUCUUAAGAAGUCCUCACAAGAGCUUUAUGGACUAAUAUGUUACGGGAAAUUGCGGAAGAAGAUUGGCGGCUGUAUGGAUGAUAAGAACGCUGCCAAGUUGAAUGAGUUAAUACAGCUAGGGGCGACUACAGUACGAUACAAAGGUAGGAACUUACGGAUCAAGGCUCCCAUGUGCCGAGCACUGAAGAAGCUCUGCGACCCAGAAGGGAAGACAGGUCUGAGUGAUGAAGAAGACCAGAAACCAGUGCGACUGCCCCUAAAAGUACCUGUUGAACUUCAGCCCCGCAACAAUCAGGCUUGGGUUCGUGUGCAAAGCCUGGCACAAAAUCCACGUCUGAGGAUGAUGGUAGAACUACACAGAAAAGUCUCCAGCCUUAUUGCGUUUCUCAAGCAAAAGUGGGCACUGCAGGAAGUUCGCAUUAGGAAAACUUUGGAGGAUCACCAGCAAGCAGAGGGGGAGCCCCAGGACUCAACAGAGUUACUGUACCUCUUCCCGCCAGAAACUGCACAAUUGUCUCCUUUACCGGGAGUUGCCAGGGUGGUCCAUUCCAAAACCUACUGUACAGUCCAUUGGCAGGAGUCUGGCAAGUGCAAACAGGGCUCAAAGGACACUCACCUGCUGCUCCCUGCUCAGAUCCUAGGCAUUCAAACAGGACAAGGGACAGCUCGGGUGCAACUAAAGUACCCACGAGGCAGCACAGAUGCUAAACAAGCAAACAAGGUGGAAGUGUCCACCAGUAUCGCAACAGAGAACGGUUCUGUGGAAAAUGUGUCACCUGAAGUGGUGCCAUAUGGUCCAAAGACCCCUGAUGAAGCUCCCCCAGAAAAUAUGGAUACUUCAGCAAGUCCUCCAGCACCCAGCAAAGUAUGUGGCAGUCAGCUAACUAUUGUAGCAGAACUCUCCAUAAAUGACCCUUUUCCUAACUAUCUAAAGUCUUACCAAGACCUUAUUAUUUCGGAGGGAAGUCAUUCAACAGACAACGCUGUGGCGUUUUCUCCCUUGUCCCCAGAAACGCCCCCCAGAGAUUCUGGAGAAGCAGCUUCUCCGAACCAAGAGAAAGCAGACAUGCAGACUGAAAGCACCCAGCAGGAUAAUUGCACUACACAAACUCCAGCACUGGACAUUCAGAUGAAGGAGCAGAGUAGUUCAUCCAAGGAUCCCAAAGACAACUCUAACCAGCUCGCAGAGCAGUUACGUCAGGAAGGCUGGAAUGAACGGACUACAGAGAAUCUGACACUAGCUGAGGUCUACCUCAUGCUGGGCAAACCAGGCAAAUUGCAGUUGGAGUACGAGUGGAUGGACCCCAGCAGCUCAGAUGACUCAGACUCUCCUCCAUACCACAAACAGAGUCGUCUGAGCUGCCUUUUACGGCUCAUAGCUACAGAGGUUAACCCCAAAGCUCCUCCGCAGGCUCCAGAAACCAUCUCCGUUGCCACCUCCCCUCUGAAGCUGGCAGUGCAAGAGCAGACGCUCACACCUCCUGGCAAGGUCAUCACCCUUCUCUCCCGGAACCCAGACUGCCUGGGGACACAGUCUGCACACAUCCACCCAAACUUCUCGUCAACGUGUAAUACCUCAGGUUUAAGGAAUCUAUCUCGUCCACUUCUAUUUGGCGGUCCCUUGGGAUCCGUGUCUACCAGCAGCGAUGGGGCAGUGUUUGCGGUUCCCAACAUGCUCCCUCCGAACAGCCGCCACACAAAGGUUUCCUCAGCAAACAGCGAGCCUGAGGUCACAGGCCGUCAGCAGUUGGAUGCUGUCAGUUCUGAUUUCUUCUUGCCGAAGCAGAGAAGCAGACACCCUCGGAAGCCCUUAGUUGUCCAGAGGACACUUCUCCCUCGGCCGUCUGGCAGUUCCUUGCCACAUGUCUGCUCCUUCUCUAUCCUCUCCAACUCUGCAGUAACAGGGCGAGGCUCCUUCCGACCCAUCCACUCCACCCUCCGUAAAGCUGCCUCUCAACCCAUUGUCCCUAAAGGACUGCCUGCCACAACCACAAAUUCUCUAGCCAGUGCUAUUAACUUGGCGGCGAAGAGUGCAGGUAUUAUCCCAGGUGCUUCUUUGCCAGUUCUGGAGACGGACAGCCUGGUGGGGAUUGGACCCUUGCCUUCAGAGGGGUUGACUGGUACUGUGACAGAGCCCAGGUUAGAGGGAACCAGUGAGGAUCCCAUGCCAGCAGUUACAGUCUGCCCUGAGGUUCCUUUCAUUGCGCUUUCCACAACUCCUGUGCAAGAGACACCCCAGCCAUUGCAGCCAUCAUCCAUCCUGUCCAUGCCUCACAUUACCCAGAAUCCUCUUCAGAAUGGUCCACCAGAUCUUUCCAGCUGCACCGCGAGCAGCUCCUGCCUGUCUCCCCCCAAUGUCUCUUCUCUGCUAGACAUCUCCUUGCCAGGCCCCCCUGAUGAUGUCCUCUCACAUGGGGAGACCGCAACACACAUCAGCGAUUCCAUCAUUGAAAUAGCCAUAAGCUCUGGACAGUUUGGAGAGACAGUACCCCUGUCACCAGCCAAACUUAAUGACAACUCCAAGAGUCUUCCUUCUCCUACUAGUCCCCAGCAGAGCUGGAUCGCCUCUCCCAGCCAUGACCCCCAGUGGUAUCCUAACGACUCUACGGACUCCUCACUCAGUAGCUUACUCUCAAGCUUCAUUUCUCCCGACAAGAAUAAGAAGACCUUGCCGGCAGCCACAGGAAAUGCCAGCGGUACCUCUCUGCUGGGCCCUAGCCUGCUGGAUGGCAGCUCCAGAGAUUCCUUUGUGUCCCGUUCCCUGUCGGAUGUUGUUGAGGUGGUAGACUCACAUUUGGCUUGCCUGAUGAACGAGAAUAGUAUUGAUUACAUAUCUCGCUUCAACGACUUGGCCCAAGAACUUUCUGCCACGGACACCACAAAAAGGGAAACUCCAUUUGAUGCUGGAGCCCCUGGCAGCGGACAGCCCAUACGAGAUCUGUCUUAGUGUGCUCCUAAACUCGCCUCUGUCGGUCUACAUGCUACAGCUGUAUCGCACAGAAACGCCGGACGCUUUUUGUCCCACUAGCAGAUGCUGCACUUUAUGCGAAGUCUAUAGGAACUUGUAUGUUCACAUAUUAGAAACCAGUGGUAUUGGAUGUGAACGGUCCUGUCCAGGUCAUUGGAUAAAGCUACUUAGUGUUGCUUUUUAUAAGGCAAAUUUACAACUCAUGGGAUGUUGUCAUACUGUGUGACAACUGUCUUUUGUCAUCUGUGAUGGCAGUUCCAGAUGUACAGCAAGUGACUAUAUGUAUAGAAAGUUCUCAGAACCAUUGAUUACCAUAGUCCGUGUGUAGAAUGGUAACCCGACUUCUGCAGUGAUGCCACAGCCGCUGUGUACAUAAGAUCCUGGUUUAUGCUGGAGCAUCGCAUCUCUGCCUGCUGAAGAACACAGGUCUUAUACUUAUAAAACGGAUAACUCUACAUAAUGCAUUACUCCGCAGAAGAAAAUAAGCCAUAAUGAUUUUGACUUUAUCCAUUGUUAGAUGGGCUUUGUGCAAAAUAUGCAAAUUCUUUCUGUAUUGUGCGUUUUGGAUUUCUUGUUUAUUUCUAAUGGAAGAAAAACAGUCAAACCUAACAAAUGCAAGUUACAUUACCGCCUCCUCCUCGCAGAUGGAAAUGCAUGUCUAGCUCACACUGUUCAGUAUACUAACUCUGUUAAAGAAAAAGAAAAGCAGUUUUGUUAUCAGGAAACCCUAUGGUAAUUUUUCACAAGGGAUUUGUGUGUUGCUGCAAAAAGAUUGUGUGGGGGGUGUCAGGUUCAAAAUGGCUGCCAACCAGUCCUCUGCAAACACUGAGGCUCAGCUUCUAUUUCAGUGACUCAAAGUCAGAGGGUUAUGACGAUGUUGCUAAAUAAAGAUAAGAGAACUUGUUCAUGCCUCUGCACUGUUUUGUAAUGCAGUGACUUAUAAGAAACCAUGGUCAUCCUUGUUGCAAGGCUUACUCCAGCUAUUUUACCUGAAGAGAGGAGUAUAGUACUGUAUGGUUACAUAUUACUCCCCUUAUAGCUUCCGAUUUCUUUUAUUGUAUGCAAAGUGUCCUCUAGUUCUCAAGUGUCUAGUUUCCAGGCUUCUAAAUAGAACAUUGGACCACCUUUAGUAAAAUGAGUGUUACUAGGAUCUGUGUUUAUCAUGUCUGGGCCUUCGCACCUGCACUUCCCGGCCUUGAGCCCAUCCACCAGCUUGAGUGCUCUGAUUCACACUUUAUUCACAAAGAAUCACAGGACACAGCUUCUCUUAGUAUUUGUUGUUGGGAAUUCUGCUAUUUUUUCUUUUCUUCAUAAUGCAUUUGCCUGAAGCUUGUAGAAAGGGCUGCAUAUGUCACCCGUGCCAUUCACUGAACACAAAAAGGAAAAAAAAGCAAAGUUUAUUUUCAGUUUCAUUUAUAUAUAUCUUUUUUAUUUAUUUUUAUUUUUUAUUUUGUUCUUUUGUAUUCUUGAAUCGCAAUCCUGUUCGAUUCUGUUUCUAUUGAAACGCUACCUGCACACAAUUAUUUUUCAUGGUAAAGUGUGUAAAAAUACAUUUGCUUUAAAGCUCAUCCGGAAAUAUAAACACUGCUUCAUGUGUUGGUACAAUAAGUCAAUAUAUAUUUUGCUGGGUUGGAGAUUUACCAAAGCGUGGAUAAAGUUUCAACCAAUCAGCUCCUAAAUGUCAUUUUUUAAACAAAGCCUGUAAAUGACAGAAGCUGUUUGGUUGGUACUUAAUCUCCAAUGCUUGAUACAUCUCCCCCAUGGUCACCACACUGUAGAAGUUUGGUAGGUCAUACUGUCAAAAUUCACACAUUUUUAUGUUCACAAAGGCCAUAUAGGCAGUAGCUAGAGGCCUACCUAGAAAGUCCCCAGCUACCCAAACGCCAUGGCACAGACAUAGCUAAGAUUGGUUGAAUAAGUUUUAUACCCUUGCAACAGAGAUGACUUGGUUUUACUGCUUAUUGUACAUUAGAAUAGAUCAUUGGAAAGUGUAUAUGUUGCUUAAACACCUAUGAGGCAGCCAUUUUGUGGGCUGAAGUACUAUGCAUGGAAAAUGCAAAUAGAUCUAAAUAGAGCGUGAAACACUUCAUGCCUCAUUCAUGACACAAACUCCUAGUGAAUAUUAGGAAUAUAUAGAGAAAAGGGCAAUCUAUCAGGAUGGUAACAAGUUUAAACAGGCUUUAUACAAAAUGGCUGCUUCCACUGUCUUAUGUAACGGUAUAACUUCAAGAUGACAUAUUGCUUGGUAUUCAGGGAGAUUUCUGAAACUUGUAUUGUUUUCUAUUUAAUAGAAUCCUCUCUGGAUGAAGGAAGAAUUGCUGAAAGUUAAAUAAAAUCAAGAAAAAAAUAAAUUCAGAUUUGCAUUUGAAUGUUCCAAUAUCUUUGUAAUAUAAAUAACCUAUAUAAAAAGAUCUGUAUAGUAUAUGUAUAAAAGUAUCACAACCGUCUUCAACCUCUGGAUGACAAGAACGGGUUUAAUUAUGUUUGUUUUGUACCAUAUUGUAUAUUUAAGUUAUUUACUCUUUAAAGCCUUUUGCAAUGCCAGGGACUGUCUUUCUUUUGGGGAGGGCUAUUUAAUAAAAGUGGUUGCAAUUUAACUCGGCUGGUAGUUCACGCACAAAAAGGGUUAAAACAUCCAUUUUUAGGGCCGGGAGAAAUUUUAGUAUGACUUUGUAAAACCUGUUACUGUUUUCUUAACGUGCAUAAAUACAUUCAAAUACUUAGACUAAA